AUGAUCACAGUUAUAUAUAAUUCCAAAUUAUUGUGGGGACUUUGGUGGGUGUCAAACACCGUCGUAUCGCGUAUUUCGCUACCACUGCUGCUGGUGGCGGCCAUGGCUUUGCUGGUGCUGCGGCUGGUGUCGUUGCUGACUGAGAUGCGCAAGCUGCCUCCCGGCCCGUGGGGUCCUCCAGUCGUCGGCUACUUGCCCUUCCUUGGAGUGCGCCACAAGACCUUCCUGGAGCUUGCUCGUAACUACGGUGCCCUGUUCUCCGCACGACUCGGAAAUCAGUUGACAAUCGUUCUCAGCGACUACAAACUCAUCAGAGAAGCUUUCCGGAGGGAAGAGUUCACUGGACGUCCCAACACCCCGCUCAUGCACACUUUGGAUGGUCUCGGCAUCAUCAACAGCGAGGGCCGCCUCUGGAAGAGCCAGCGCCGAUUCCUGCACGAAAAACUGCGAGAAUUCGGCAUGACUUACAUGGGAAAUGGCAAGAAAAUAAUGGAGGCCAGGAUUAAGAGCGAAGUUUACGAGCUUAUCGCCAACCUGCACCGCGCGGAGGGAGCACCCAUUGACGCGAACCCUCUCCUCGCUUUGGGCGUGUCUAACGUCAUCUGCGGCAUUACGAUGUCCGUGCGCUUCAGUAACGGCGACGCUCGCUUCGAAAGGCUCAACAAUCUCAUUGAGGAAGGCAUGAGGCUGUUUGGAGAAGUUCACUAUGGUGAAUACGUGCCUUUAUACAACUAUCUUCCCGGCAAAGCACAAGCACAAGAGAGAGUGGCCAAGAAUCGUGAAGAGAUGUUUGCUUUCUAUCAAACUCUGAUCGACGAACAUCGUGAAACUCUUGAUGUCGAUAACGUGAGAGACCUAAUCGAUGUUUAUCUGAUCGAGAUCGAGAAGGCCAAAACCGAGGGCCGCGCCGGGGAACUGUUCGAGGGCAGGGACCAUGAACUGCAAAUUAAGCAGAUUCUUGGAGACCUAUUCUCUGCCGGGAUGGAGACUAUCAAGUCGUCUCUCUUAUGGAUGAUUGUAUUCAUGCUGAGGAACCCUGAUGUGAAGAGACGCGUACAGGAAGAGCUCGAUGCUGUAAUCGGUCGCGAACGUUUGCCUGCCAUCGAAGAUAUGGCAAAUUUACCUUAUACCGAGACAACAAUCUUAGAAACUCUUCGCAUGUCCAACAUUGUCCCCCUAGCAACAACGCAUUCACCAACGAAGGAUGUCCAUUUGAAUGGCUACAGGAUCCCGGCGGGUUCUCAAGUUAUUCCUCUCAUCAACUGCGUACACAUGGACCCCAAUUUAUGGGACGAGCCCAACAAGUUCAACCCCAGUCGUUUCAUGGACGAAACAGGCAAAAUCAGAAGACCUGAGUUUUUUAUGCCUUUCGGUGUCGGAAGGCGUAUGUGCCUGGGCGAUGUGUUGGCACGCAUGGAAAUGUUCAUGUUCUUCGCGUGCAUGAUGCACCAGUUCGACGUUCAAAUGGAGACGGGUGAUGCUCCGCCGUCGUUGGAAGGCACAGUGGGCGCCACCAUCGCGCCCCAGGCGUUCCGCGUGAAGUUCAGUCCGCGCGCCAUCCCGGCCGCGGCCGCGCCCGACCACCCCCAUCUGCGCCACGUCGGCGCGCACUAG